AUGGCUUUCGUUUUGGCAGAGACCCCAGCAGGGUAUGCUCUUUUGAAGGCGUCCGACAAAAAGAUUCACAAAUCGUCGACAUUGAUCGAAGACUUGAACACAUUGGAAAAAGUUGUUGACCAGUUUAAAGUACAUCGUUUUGAGAAAUUCCAGAGCGCAGCAAACGCCUUGGAAGAAGUCAACGCCAUCAUUGAGGGUAAAGUUUCCGAAAACUUGAAGAAAUUAUUAGAAGAUUCCAAAGCUGACAAGAAGGCCACGUUAAUUGUUUCCGAAGCUAAGCUCGGAAAUGCCAUUAACAAGCUUGGACUUAAUUUCCAAGUUGUUUCUGACAGCGCCUCUUUGGAUUUGCACAGAGCUAUUAAAGAAUAUUUACCAGAGUUGUUACCUGGUUUAGAUCAGUCUGCAUUGAACCAAAUGUCGUUGGGUUUGGCCCAUUCAAUAGGUCGUCACAAGCUUAAAUUCUCAGCUGAUAAAGUUGAUACUAUGAUCAUUCAAGCCAUUGCACUUUUGGAUGAUUUAGACAAGGAAUUAAACACUUAUGCUAUGAGAUGUAAGGAAUGGUACGGCUGGCAUUUCCCUGAAUUGGCAAAGAUGAUUACCGACUCUGUUGCAUACGCAAGAAUCAUCUUGACCAUGGGUGUCCGUUCCAACGCUUCAGAAGUUGACCUUUCAGAAAUCUUGCCAGAGGAAAUUGAAGAGCAAGUCAAGACUGCUGCUGAGGUUUCUAUGGGUACUGAGAUUACCGAAAACGAUUUAGAAAACAUUAAGGCUUUGGCUGAACAAAUCGUUGACUUUGCUGCAUACAGAGAGCAAUUGUCAAACUACUUGAGCUCAAGAAUGAAAGCUAUUGCUCCAAAUUUGACAGCAAUGGUUGGAGACUUGGUCGGUGCACGUUUUAUUGCCCAUGCUGGUUCUUUGACUUCAUUGGCCAAGGCACCUGCCUCAACUAUCCAAAUCUUGGGUGCCGAGAAGGCAUUAUUUAGAGCUUUGAAAACAAAACACGAUACACCAAAAUACGGUAUCAUUUACCAUGCAUCCUUGGUAGGUCAAGCCUCGGGGAAGAACAAGGGUAGAAUUGCUAGAACUUUGGCUGCCAAGGCUGCUCUUUCAGUAAGGUAUGACUGUUUUGAUGAAGAAAGAGACGAUUCUGACUCAUUCGGCUUGGACAACAGAGGUAAAGUAGAGAGCAGAUUGAGCAAAUUGGAAGGUAGAGAUAUGAGAACAACCUCCAAGGUGAGCAGACAACAAGGCAAGAUUGAUAUCACAGAAGCUAGAGCUUACAAUGCCGAUGCCGAUGCACCUUCAGCAGUUGCUGAUGCUGACUCUGAUGAUGAUGAUUCCGAAACUGAAGAAGUCGAAGUGAAAUCUGAUGACAAGAAGGAAAAGAAAGAGAAGAAAGAAAAAAAGGAAAAGAAGGAAAAGAAAGAGAAGAAAGAAAAGAAAGAAAAGAAAGAAAAGAAGGAAAAGAGCGAUAAAAAGAGAAAGAGAGAUGAUGACGCUGAAGAGUCUUCAAAACUGAAAAAGGAUAAGAAGUCAAAGAAGUCAAAGAAGGAUUAG